GCCCCGGGGCCCGCUGGCCCUCGCGCUCCCGCUUUCUCUCUCUCCCCUUCCUCUCCUCUUCCCUUGCGCUCUUCUUUCUCUCUCUGUAGCUGUGGUCUUCCCAAGCCCGUUGCAUCGCCGUUUUGCAACUCGUCCGAGUCUUCCAUACUCCGGGCUUCGCCCACCCCUAAAGGCGACACUGGCCGUCGCCACGUCUAAGUCGGCUCUCUCAUCCCGCUUCCCACCCCCCCCCCCUCCCCGGCCAGGGCCUAAGCAAGCAUCACUACCCCCGCUGUUUUCUUGUCGCCAAGCAAAGCACUUCGCCCACACCUCGAGUUCAACCUAUCAGGGCUCUCGCGCACCCUCACCCUCGCUGCCCUCGCUUCCGCACCCGCGCCGGUGCUUGGCAGAAAUGUCGAACACUUCGGAGAAGACCAUCUCACCCAAUGCCUCGAAACAAUCCUCAAUCAAGUCUGUCGAUCUUCCUUCGAGAACACCGAGCGUGAAGGCGCCGGCGCAAGGUGGAAAAAGUCCACCUCUCAAUGGUAUCACCGCACCGGAUGGGCAGCCGAAACUGGCCGAGAAGCAAUCUAUAAAAAACCGGCUGACCAGGAUCUUCUCCAAUAAAGACGAGAUACCCAAAACCGGAACCGUUGCCGAUCUCUCACAACCAUCUAAGCGACCAGUGCCCAGCCCAGCCCCUCCAACCUCCGGUGCUGCCGCCCCGACGAGAUCAACCGUCCCUUCUCGGUCUUCCAGUACCGACGUGGCGCCUGCACCAAAGUCUUCGCAGCAUACUCAAAGAUAUGUCGCCAAUGCCAAUGUUCCAGGUGGCCACGAGCACCAUCUCAAGGGGAGUAAGCGACAGGAGAAGCUAUCUGAUAUGUUCAAGUCGUUCUUGGGCAGGAAGACGGAGGCGCCUGAGGCAGAUCUGUCGCUAGUGUCCAGUUGGGUUGAUACGCUGCAAGAAGAGAAAGACUCGUUGGCCAAUGACAAGAAAGGGGGCCCCAACCAGAGCACCACGCUUGUCCAAAAGUAUGGCAAGUGUCAAGAAGUUGUUGGCCGCGGUGCAUUUGGUAUAGUAAGGAUAUCGCACAAAAAAGUGGAAAACGGCGAGAAGCUUUUUGCCGUCAAGGAAUUUCGCCGUCGACCCGAAGAGAGUGAGAAGAAGUAUAGCAAGCGCCUGACCGCUGAAUUCUGUAUCUCGUCGUCACUACGGCACCCCAACGUGAUCCACACGCUGGAUCUCCUCCAAGAUCAAAAGGGCGACUAUUGUGAGGUCAUGGAAUAUUGCUCAGGUGGUGAUCUCUAUACCUUGGUUCUCACUGCCGGUAAACUGGAAGUUUUGGAGGCAGACUGUUAUUUCAAGCAGAUGAUGCGUGGUGUUGAGUAUAUGCAUGAAAUGGGAGUCGCCCACCGUGACUUGAAGCCAGAAAAUCUGCUCCUCACUUGUCACGGUGCACUGAAAAUCACGGACUUUGGUAAUGGCGAAUGUUUUCGGAUGGCAUGGGAGAAUAGCGCCCACAUGGUUUCCGGGCUCUGUGGCUCUGCGCCAUACAUAGCGCCGGAAGAAUACGUCGCCAAAGAAUUUGACGCCCGGGCAGUGGAUGUGUGGGCAUGUGGCGUUAUUUACAUGGCCAUGCGCACAGGUAGACAUCUCUGGCGCGUCGCAAAGAAAGACGAAGAUGAAUUCUACGAACGAUAUCUUGAGGGUCGCCGCGAUGAAGAAGGUUACGGUCCUAUUGAGUCUCUACACCGGGCCCGAUGCCGCAAUGUCAUCUACUCAAUUUUAGAUCCCAACCCUUCAAGACGUAUCACGGCCUCUCAAGUCCUCAAGUCCGAGUGGGGUCGGGAAAUCAAACUAUGCAAAGCUGGUGAAGAGGGUCUGUAAUGCCACUGCUUCAUAUGGCCACUUUUGCCAUCAAAUUUCCCUUGCAGCUGAUUACGUUCACGUUUGACGAAUCAAGCUAUCGAGGA